ACACACACACACAGGGCGCGCACAGACACACACGCUCCCUCCCUCGGGCUCUCUACUCCGCGCCUGCCCGCCUCGCACGCACCGGCCUCGACUCCCCGCGCCCGCCGCCGCCGCCGAGCGAAACCACGCUGGGCUCGGAGCUGCUCAUGGAGAAAGUGCCGGGCGACAUGGAGAUAGAGCGCAGGGAGAGGAACGAGGAGCUGUCCGAGGCGGAGAGGAAGGCGGUGCAGGCUACGUGGGCCCGGCUGUAUGCCAACUGCGAGGACGUGGGGGUGGCCAUCCUGGUGAGGUUCUUUGUAAACUUCCCGUCGGCCAAGCAGUACUUCAGCCAGUUUAGACAUAUGGAGGACCCCUUGGAGAUGGAGAGGAGUCCCCAGCUGCGGAAGCAUGCCUGCCGGGUCAUGGGGGCCCUCAACACUGUCGUGGAGAACUUGCACGACCCAGACAAGGUGUCCUCUGUACUCGCCCUGGUUGGCAAGGCCCACGCCCUCAAGCACAAGGUGGAGCCUGUCUACUUCAAGAUUCUCUCUGGGGUCAUUCUGGAGGUGAUCGCCGAGGAGUUUGCCAAUGACUUCCCUCCUGAGACGCAGAGAGCCUGGGCCAAGCUGCGUGGCCUCAUCUACAGCCAUGUGACCGCUGCCUACAAGGAAGUAGGCUGGGUACAGCAGGUUCCCAACACCACCACCCCACCGACCACACUGCCCUCUUCAGGGCCAUAGGACCCCUCCCAGCUCCCCCCUCCCUGGCAGCACUUUGGGCAGAAGGCUGAGUUCUCGAAGACACACCUUGAUCUUCCGUUUCUGGGUGCCAAGGAAGCUGAAGGGAUCCCGGACUCUCGACUUCCCGGAAGGAGGCCUUCGCCAUGGCUGCGGUUCCCCCAGGCUGCUGGGAGGCGGGGCUGGCUACCUGGAUGCUGAACUUAGCGGUGGAGGGGGAGGCCCUUCUGCCUCGCAGCAGAGGGCAGCUCUUCUUAGCUUUUUCUACUUACUGUCAGAGAGAGAGAGAG